AUGUGGUAUAAAUCUUACACCGAUGAAUGCAGCAUAAAUCAUACUGGAAGCUCUGGUAAAAGGGAAAUAAAUCACACAAAUAUUUGCAAGGUGGCAAAGGUGAUUGUGACAAAAAAAAUCAAGGGGAUUUUAGGUGCUAAGUCAUACGAAGAAACUUUAGAAUCAAAAAACAGUGUUAAUCCGGAUUUAAUAUCUGGGAAGAAAAUUGGUGUUUACGUUGGUGUCUGUCAUUCUGAAUCUGAAAAGUCUAAUAUCUAUUGUCCUAGAGUUAAGACCGGUCUUGGUAUAACAGGGGUUUUAAGCACAUGUCCCAAUGGCAAAACAAAAUCCUUUGAUACAAAUGCUGAUGGAUGCGCAAAAUCUGAAGCUAUCAAUGUAGUUUUCCUUCAAAAAGCAAAAGAUGCUUUGAGAAUUUAUGCAGAGAUUGUUAAAGUUAAAUGUGAAUUUACCGAUUUAUGUUUAGAUGAAACGGGACCUAUAUAUGGUUUCUACCGUAGACCCGAAAACAUGUCUAAUUUUUUAAAAAGAUUUUAUGAUGAAGUAAAUGUUUCCCCUAAAGCGGUGGAAUAUCUUGAAGCUGUUGGUUCAGCUAUUCCUGAAGCUGAUAAAUCCGAGUUAGAAGCUAUAAGCGAAAUUUUUUGCAAGGAUAGAAUCAAUCCACUCUUGGUCGGAAGUGUGAUGUCUAACAUUGGAUAUACUGCAGCAGCUUCGGGGUUGUCAGCUCUUACAAAGGUUAUCCUGGGCUAUGAAACCGGUAAAAUCGCCGCCAAUCUUCAUUGUGAUUCACCUCGACAAGACGUACCGGCUUUAAGGGAAGGAAAAAUUCGCCUUGUUACUGAUCAUACAGAUUUCGGCCGCUCCUAUACAGCUAUUAACGGGCUUUCAAUUACUGGUGUCAAUACACAUGUUCUCUUAAAUGGAUGCUAUAAGCCAAAG